AGAAACCCAGGUGUGAAAUCGAAUGCUAUUUCGGAGACCGAGAAGAAAUUAAGCGGGAAGCGAGAGCUUUAUCUGACACAUACAUGAUGCAUGAACCGUUGGUGAGCAAAGCAGAAGCUACUGAAGGUUUACUGAGCAGAAGCAUCGUCGAGAAGAAGGUUCUAGGAGAGGUGUGUAAAAGAGAGAACCUACGGGUUGGAGAAGGAGUUGAAUCAGAGGAAGAGAGACGUAGCGAUUUACUGUUACUAUCUCUCACGCCAAUGGUACAAUUGAAUUCUCAAGGAACCAUGAGGCGAGUCACUCCCACACCUCCGGUAGACGUGGAGAAACCACAGCCAUGUUCUCAUAUUGGUGGCCACAAGUAUGUUGGAAAUUUGAUUUUCUUUAGCCCUGAUUCAGCUGAAAAUAUAUCUGGCCAAUGGUAUGGUUAUGUGACUCCUGAUGACGAGCAUGCAAUGAUUGAUCAGCAUAAUGCAAAAGGAGAAAUCAUACAAAACCUUUCCAGGCCUUCUUACAUAUAUGUCUAUGUUGGAACCGUAAUGGGCCAGAUGAGGCUAAGACUCGACGGUGAGGAAGCUGAGAAAUGGGCUGAGCAUAAAUUCCCAAACGGAAACGGCAUAGUGGAACGCGGACAAGUGGAGAAAAAGGGAUUCGUAGGAGGUUGCUGCGAAGGUGCAAACAGGCCGGUCAAGAAAGAAGGAACCGUUAAUCGAAACUGGUUCACAUCGAUGGAGAAAGAAGAGCUUCUCUUGGGAGCUGCCACAGUUGGGGCUGUUGUAACCAUAGCUGUGGCUUACAGCAUUUACGGGAGGUCAGGU